UUAAUAUGCCGAGGAGGAAAGCAAAAACUACCAGAAACUGCUAACUAGCUAAGUUGAAACACAACUGUGAGGCGAGUUCUCAUUUCUUGUUCCUUAAUGUUGUUAUAUUGGUUAUCUAAAUCCCACUUCGUAGUAAUUAUUGUCAAAGAAGUCAACUAACGUUGGGUUCGUUCGAAAACGAUAAAGAGGAUCAUAGUGAUCUAGAAAUUCAAGUGCCUGGUAAAAAUAUAAUUUUAUACCUCCAUCCCACAAUACAAUGAUUUUCAGUCGUCAGAUAUUUUAACAACAAAAUGUUGCUCAACAAAGUGUCAAAAAUUUCUCUCAGCGCAUAAUUUGGCCAAACAAAAGUCAAAGUCAGUUUAAAAACUUAAAGAACUGCAUUUAAACGCAAUUAAGAGCUGCUAAAAUGCCAAAAUGGAUGCUAAAAAUAAAACUUAUUGCAUUAUAUGCCGAAGAAAUUAUGUAUGCGCGUUCUUUUGUACUUCCUUCACACAGCAAACUGGGUAUAAAAAUUGUGUGAGCUGCGUUCUUCAGCAUAUUUGUUAAGCCAGAGGCAAGUGAGCAACAACCAAGGCGUGAAAUUCGAAAAUGUUCCGAUACAUCUCUUUUGCAGCACUGCUCGCCGUUGCGUGUGCCGCACCCGUCGACGAGCAGAUGAUGGUUACCGAGCCCAUUAUGGAGCAGCGCGCAAUGGACAAUAUGGGAGCGGUUGUUGUGCCAGAGAUGGCAAUGGAGCCACGUGUACCCGUUAUCGGCAUCAUGGAUGCGGCACUGCAGCAAUCCACCGACGGCGCCUAUAAUUUCCAUUAUCGCGGCGAGGAUGGCUCGUUCCGACAGGAGAGCGCUGUAGUUAUCAACAAAGGCACCGAAUAUCAGUAUCUAAAGAUCAGUGGCAGCUAUUCGUACUUCGACGCCAACGGCAAGGAGGUGGUGGUGCAUUAUAGUGCCGACGAUCGCGGCUUUGUGCCCGAGGGCAAUAACAUAAUGCCGCAGAUUUCGUCGGCGGCGAAGAUGAACAGCCAACUGCCGCGUGUGGUGGAGAAGCCAAGACCACAAGAGCAGCAAGUCGAGAAUGUACCGAAUGUCCCACAUGUUUCGCAAGUUCCGCAUGUUUCACAAGUUCCGCAUGUUUCACAAGUUCCACAUGUUUCGCAGGUACCAGUUAUGGGCAGCGUUUGGAAUGGUCAAAUUAUGCAGGUGUAAACGCUGAGUAGUUGUUUACAUUUGUAAAUGCCAAUUCGGUUAAGCGAUAAAUUAUGAAAUGCACGCUUUAGG